UGAGGUCGGUCGGACCCAAAGUCAAGCUUCCAGGGCCGAGUGCUGGACUAGAACCCAGUUCUCCCGACUCACAGUCCAACGCUCUAACCACUACACCGCACUGCCUCUACCAAGCUGAGCGGCUCCUGUCGCCCUGAGGUUCAGCCUUUGCUGCUCUCCUAUGUAUGAACGAGGACUGAAGGAGUGCGAAGAUGAAUACUGGGAUCAUGUAUUCCUCCCACCAGCUUUCACAAGAUGAUAAGAAUAUGUAUUAUAUCCUGACUGCAAAUGUUCCGUAUGGCAGCAAGUUAUUUCACGCCGGGAGUAUGUGUUACCUGAAAGAACAGACGUACCUGCAGUACAUGGGCCAGACUCGCUUUUGGAGGUUUGUCAUGGCAGAGGACGAUAGUGUGGUCACUAUGGAUUCUGAAAGCGUGCAGCCUCUGACUGACAAGUUGGCAGACUUUCUUUCAGCCAUCAGCGAUGUUCAGGAACGGUUGAACUGUUUUCUGGACGGUCAUGUUCUUGAUGCUGCUGUGAAGGCCAGACCGGGCCAAUCGGUCUUUGUGGAUUGGGACCAUCAGACUUUCCUUGGCACCAUCCGCUACAUUGGGAAACUUCAUAGGAGUCCUUUGAAAUCUGGGCUCUGCCCCACUUACUUUGGAGUGGAAUUGCAGGGUGAUGGUGAAGGCAAAGGCCACUGUGAUGGCACCUCUCAUGGGACUGAACACUUCAAGUGUAAACAGAACUGCGGAGUUUUCCUGCCAUUUAACAAACUGCAGUUUCUAUCAGCACCAGAGAAUGGCAAGAUGAAACCGGAGGCAAACCUGGAUGCAGUUGGAGCAGUGCCCGUGAAAGUGGGGGAUGCUGUCGGCUUCUACUUGGAUGACGCCCUCACGCGAGGAAUAGCGAUGAAUGUCUACAAGGAAGGAAGCGUCUGGAUGGUUCAAGUGUGUCCGGAGGAAGCCGGCUCCGCAGAUGUUUUCCGGGAUAUCCCCCUGGACUCCGUGGUGCAGGAGGAGCUGCUGGCCCCAGAAUUUGCACUAGACACAGACUCCGGCCUCCAGGAACAGCUGAAGCGCAAGAGGAGCGAGAGUGCAGAGCAGCUGGAAAGCCAGCCAGCCUCCCUCAGCGUGAACUCUGUGGUGCAGAUAAACGUAGACAAGGACAAUUCAGUCACGGGAACAAUCCGCUGGAUCGGAUGCCUGCCUAAAACACAGCAGAAAAUGGCUGGGGUGGAGCUGGAUGAAGAGAAAGGCAUUUCAGACGGCGAGUGGCAGGGAGUGCGCUACUUCAGCUGCCUCCCAAAGCGAGCGCUGUUUGUGAAGCUGGAGUCCUGCCAGCCAGACAUGCGCUUCCAGAAUAACAGCCGCCCCGCCCUGCAGUCCACUGCGCUGAGUGGCGUGGAUUCUCCAACUGUCCUGAGCAACUCGCCCCCCCUCAGGGACGACGUGGCUGUGAGCGUCCUACAAGGGCGGAUGAGAGGGAUCCAGGGCCACUGCAACUCCUGCUACAUGGACGCUGCGCUUUUCAGCCUCUUCUCCUGCACCUCUGUGUUGGAUUCCAUGCUCUUCAAGCCCUCCCUCCAAACCAAUGGGCACGUUCAGAAGAUCCUCCGGGACAAGAUAGUCAACCCCCUCAGACAGAACGGCUUUGUUGCCGCCAGGAGUGUGAUGGACCUUCGCCACCAGCUGACGGAUAAGGGGCAAUGUUCCAGCUUUGCCACUUCCGAGAAAGAUCCUGAGGAGUUCCUCAAUCUUAUCAUGCACCACAUCCUUGGGAUAGAGCCACUUUUGAAACUACAGUCUGGGAGGCUUAAAGAACAAGAGUGCUUCUGUUACCAGAUAUUCAUGGACAAACAGGAGGACUUGGUGGUUCCCAACGUGCAGCAGCUGAUUGAACAUUCCUUCCUCUCGUCUGAUCUCAAGCUGGUGGAGAUUCCGUCUUGUUUUAUACUUCAAAUGCCUCGUUUUGGGAAGGAGUACAAAAUGUUCAGCAAAAUCAUCCCCUCCUUGGAGCUGGACAUCACUGAUCUGCUGCUUGAUAGUCCCAGGGAGUGCUUUGUGUGCGGAGACGUUGCCACUCAAGAAUGCUCAGCAUGCUUUAAAGACAAGAUGUUUGCAGACACCGGGCUGAAGCAGUAUUGUGACUCGUGCUGCACUCAGGCUCACUCGCAUUACCAGCGAAAAUCCCAUCAGAUCACUAAGCUGCACAUCCCUGAGGAGUUUUGCAGGGGCAGACGUCCUGGCAGUCCGCGGGUGCCUCGGGAGAAACUGGAGCUCUUUGCCGUGCUCUGCAUUGAGACCAGCCACUACGUCUCUUUCGUGAAAUACGGGCCAGACAAGGAGAACUGGAUGUUCUUUGACAGCAUGGCAGACAGGCACGGUGAUGAGAACGGUUACAACAUUCCCACAGUGACGCUGUGUCCAGAGGUGGCCAAGUACCUGGAGAUGCCAGUGGCCACCUUGGCCAUGGAGCAGCCCCGGGACAUGGGAGUAGCCAAGCGCCUCUUCUGCGAUGCCUACAUGUACAUGUACCAGAGCAAGAAAAUGUCACUUUAUAAAUGACUCGUGGGUUGUUCCAUGGCCACCAGCAGUGGAUCGGAGGGUCUCUGAACGUUCGCGCUGCUCUUCUCUUCCAAAGCAUCACUCAUGCUGUUUACCGAAUUACCUCUGGGGAAAGGAGUUAGUGAAACGACAUUUGCUUUGGGCAUCUGGUGAUUUCAAACCUCCUGCAAACCCAAACUUGUCAGCCAUGUGGGAAUGGUAUUAGUGGAAGAACCUCCCCACCACGUACUGUGGGUUCCCACGCCCUCCUCGAUGGACUUCCCACAGAUGUUCUUGGCACGAGUGUGCUCUGACCGUCCUUUGGACUACUGUUGUGGAAAACAAGCUCAAGGUCACGCUUUGGACCAAACUCGCUCAGGGUUGUGGUUCUGAAUCAGCGAGAGGUCCAGCCCACAGUCUCUUGCCUCUACUUGAUCUCCACGAAUCCGAAACUCAUUGAGAACUCCUCCCUCUCAGCAGGGAGGUAGGAACUCAGGGAAGGAACUUGGUCCUAGGUUUGAUUUGACCUUGAAAUCCACAGGGAUACUGCCUUGCACAAUUUGUUUCUUGGUUCCUUGGUAUUUGAGAUGGCGGGCACUUGCCAUGACCGGCACUUGUUAUUUUUACAGCCCCUGAUUUUAGAUGGUAGUUGGAGGCUUCAGGCUGAAGCUUCUUGAGGAUUGCAGGUCUCAGGGUGGACAUGCACUGUGAAUGCCUACCUUUAUCCUCCCUUUCACACUGACAAUGCUCUGUUCAGCCUUUUCAACUUCCAUAAGGAAAUGUAGCAUCCGGGACUGUGGUGUAGUGACACCCGCCCAGGACAACAGGUGCAGGGCAGGGACUGGUAACUGCUGGGGUGUGGGGUUGGCCUGCCCCACAGUUUAGGCAGUACUCUAAAAGGAGCACUUGGGAAGCAGGACUAAGCCAGCCCUUAUCCCUUUCUGGGUUUUUUUCCCUCCCCAAUACAAAAUUGCCUCCCGUGAAGUUUCCUAGACACACCUAGCAUUCCUGUUUCCACCUCCAAAUCCUGUGACAGUUCAUUAGCAAUUUAUCUCCCUUGGGUCAGACUGAUUUUCCCUUUAACAGUUGACUUAUCUUCUCAGUUUCCAUCUCUAAAAGGUUUGGGUUUGUUAUUUCAAACAUUCUUCUGAGUAUUAAGUUACCCCCCCCCCCCCAAAAAAAGAUUACUUUGCAUAAGGUACUCAGCAGCUCAGUCUAUGUGGAUGUUACAAAAUCGGUCUUCAGAUACAUUCUUUAAAACAAACCAACCCAAAUACCUUCAUCGUUUUCUGUCUAGUAAACGCUGUGCAAUAGAAUUAUGGAGAGGAGAGGGCAAAAGUGCCUUAUACAUGUGAUAGAUAGUGAUUGUGUCAGAUCUAGCAGUAGAUUUCACUGCUUUCUCUAAAAUGGGGCAGAUGUUAUCCUUGCUUCUACUGAGCGGUCCUGCUCUGCACAUUGUGAACAAUUUAUAGGUAUUUCAGCACCUUUCAGGGACGCGCUGCCUCUUCAGGGGAAGAAGCACGUGUGACGCAGAAGCCGAAGAGGGUUUUUUGCAUUUAUCUUGGUAUCUAUUGUCACGAUUCACGCAAGUGGUUUGUGAUAUCUGGUGAUAGAUGGGGCUUAUGUUAUGACUGUCCCAUUUGUUGUGGGCAAGGCUGAGAAGAACAGUUGUGGAAUAAUCUUGCUAGUCAAUUAUGAUGUGUGACUAUUCUGUUUUUCUGCAGUAUUUGGCGCCUUGGUUGAUUUGAUCAACCUCUGCGCAUGCACACACACUCACACACGCACCAUUUGAGUUAUUCACACUGUUGGGAGUCUGUGUCGGUGUUACUACUUUGUCUCUGAAGUUAUUUCUAUAAUGUUUGCCUUGAACAAUCUCAGGAGAACGCAAGAGAUUUUUGUAUGCUGUGAUAUCAAUCUGUUUCUAAAAUAUGUCUUCCAAUAGAGCCUUCUUUUUUGACUUGA